AUGAAAACACUGAAAUAGAAUUUGCUUCUGGUUUUGAUUGAAUUACCUACAUAUAAUUUAGUUAUAUGCUUUUUUAGGUGUAAUUUUGAUAUUUAUUUUGUUAAUAAUGUCUCUUCUCGAAGAUGUGUUCCUGGAAGAUGAGGCUGGUGAGGCUCAGGAGUUAGAGCGUGUAAUUGAAGGCGAUGAGUUUGAUGAACAACCAGCCGCACAGUCUGGGGAAGAUAGCAAUGAGGAUAGUGAAAAAGAAGAUGAAGCAGAGGAAGACAAACGCCGUGUAGAUCCUACGAGUGUUAAAACAAAACGUGUUGUUAACCCGAGAGUCAUUUUAAAUCCUGCUCGACUGAUGGGUCCGAGAGGCAUACAAGUUAUACCAGAUCAUUUCAAAGAUUUCAAAUUUAAAGGAAAAGGUCACGAGAAAGAAGAUUUGGAUCUGGUUCUAAAGAAGUUAGAACAUUGGGCAUACAGAUUGUACCCCAAGUUUCAGUUCGAGGACUGUUUGAAGAAGAUUGAAACUCUAGGCAGAAAACGGCCAGUUAUGGUGCAUCUUCAUAAAAUAAGGUCUGACCAGUACAUAUCUGAUGAUGUGGUAGUUCAAAAAGACUCCAGCGACGACGAGGCACCCCAACCAGAGGUGGAUGAGUUUGACAAGCUGUUACAGCAACAGAUAGAGUUAGCCAGGGCCACACCGGCACCUAACUCUGCUAAGAAAUUAGGAUUAAGCACACCUAUGUCCAAACCAUCUCCAUUCUCGAUGCCAAAAGCGACUUCGUCUCCUUCAAUCAGUGAAGAACAGAAAGAGAGAAUGCUAAGAAAUAGAAAACUUGCCGAAGAGAGACGUCUGGCGAGACUGAAAAUGGCAGAAAAUAAUGUUACGGUCAUAAACGAGGAGACAAUCGAAAUUGAUACUCACCAAAGUCCCAUUAUAAAGAGUAAUGAAAAUGUUACGGUUGUACAUACGGUGACUUUUCAUGUAGAAAAUCAUCAGAAUGAUUCUAAUUCUAAACAGGAUAAUAGUCAAAUGACUGUUGUAAAUGAAAUACCAUUUGAUGUAGAUCAUGGUAAUGAUGAGCCAAGGAAAAAGCAAAAGAAAGCAAAUGUUAUAGAUAGCUCAGAUGAUGAAUGCGAAGAAUUGGUUGUGAAUGAGUCGAUAACAGUUGACGUUCAUGAUACAAGACAAAAAAAUAACAGUUCACCUGGAACAGAUGAAGCACAACGUCUUUCUAAUAAAAUUUAUAGUUCUGAUGAAGAAUUAGAAAGGAGUAAUGAUGAAAACGAAAUAAAAGUAGGGCAUGACAAUGAAAAACUCGAAACAUCUAAUGAUACAAACAAAUCAUAUGAAGAAACUGCAGAAAAUACGUCAAAAUCAGCAAAUAUUCAAGAUAAUAUAACUGAUAGGAUUCAUAAUCAGGACAUUUCUCUAGAAAUUAAUAAAAAUAACGAUGACAUAAAUCAAAUUAACAAUUUUGUAGAUAAUGAUCAAGAAAAACGACCAGAAACUAAUGAAAAAAAUGCAGAUAUGGAUGAUACCCAAGAAAUUAAUAUUAUGGAUAAGAAUAAGAAUCUCACUGAGGAAGAAAUGGCCAUCGAUGAAGACAAUAGUGAUUCUAAAGUUAAUAAAACAAAUGGUACAGUUUUAGAAGUUUGUAAUAAAAAUAAUGAAGAAAUUGAUUUUGUAGAAAUUACCAACAAUAAUGAAGAUACAAAAGUAGAUAAAGUUGUAACUGACGAGACAAAUAAUGAACAUAAUAGAGAAAUGGCCAAUGAAACAGAUGAAAUUGAUAAAAUAUCGAAAGAAUGUAAUCACAGUAUAAAUGAAACCAGUAAAGAAACGAUGAUAUCAAAUAUUGACAAAGAUAAUGUUGAUAGAAACAUUGAUUUAGAUCUGAUGGAGGUUGAUUUUGAUGAAGAUUUUUAAAGAUGUAUCCAAAAUACUAUUUUAAUGAUAUUUUUUUUUGUCAAUAAGCCUGGCUGUCCCCAGGCUUAAAGUCUUAUUAUUUGUGUUGUUAACUAAAAUUAGUAUUAUUAUUGGUUAAUACCGUAAAUUAUUGAUCAAAAAGCAAAAUUGCUAAGAAUGGCAAAAGCGGAUUUAGUGACUUUUACACCCGUACUUUCCUAUGCAUAUCGUAAAACGCGACUAAGGGAUAAGCUUGAAACUUGGGAUUCUUUCAGGCGAUGGGCUAGCAACCUGUCACUACCCUAACACCGGUAUCUGUUUCUCAAACAUUGAUUCUACCAUAACAAGGAAUAGCUGGCUAUAACUAAGAAAAACAAGUUGUUUGACUAGAAGAGAUCCCUUCAUGCGAUUAAUCCGCCUUUGCAAGUGAUUUAUUUCUUUUUUAACUAUGUACCAAAGAAAGAAGACAAAAGAGGAAUUAUAAUACAUCCCAGCCCCCAUUACUAUUGCUGUCCCGUUUCACUUCAUUAUAAAAAGCGAAAC